UAGAGGUUAGAGAAGGAGAGAGUUCUGGAAGGUGAAGGUGGGACGAGGAGCUGGCAACUGUGGUCAAGCGGCGGCCGGCGACGGGCUCCACACAGCAAUGGCUGCUUGAAUGAAAUCAGAAGAUACAUCCGGAAAUAAAUCGCCUCUGAAGUCGCUUAGCCAUUUCAACGGGACAGCUAUGUCCUCUGAUAAGACAACUAUAAUGUCCGCGGAUAAGACAAGUACCAUGUCCACGGAUAAGACAACUACUAUGUCCACGGAUAACACAGCUAUGUCCACGGAUAACACAACUAUGUCCACGGAUAAGACAAGUACCAUGUCCACGGAUAAGACAACUGCCAUGUCCACGGAUAAGACAAAUAUGAUACCCAUGGAUAAGACAAAUGCCAUGUCCAUGGAUAAGACAACUGCCAUGUCCACGGAUAAGACAACUGCCAUGUCCUCGGAUAAGACAACCACCAUAUCCUCGGAUAAGACAACCACCAUAUCCUCGGAUAAGAGCUCGUCCAUAUCUUCAGUUGAGAGAACGCCCAUGCAUUCAUAUGAAACUACUCUCAUGUCAUUAAGUGAAACAACUUCCAACUCUACAUUAAACAAAAUGGAGUGUGUAUUUGGUGUCUUGUAUAACUGUGUGACACGGGCUGGAGAGCUGGUCAUUACUGAUGUACUCAAAGUUCUCUAUUCUCAGCAGUACAUCAAAUCUUGUAGUGGAAACAUGUCUGUAUUCGAUUAUUGCAUUACGAAUAAACACUGGAGUCCCGAAAGAACUCAGAACAAGUUUGAAUAUAGUGAAUAUCUUACAUGCAAUAUUAGAACGCAGAAAACAGUGGAUGUAAAUUUUGCAUUCAAAGUUAUUGUGGAAAUAUGUGGCAAUGCAUUUGACUGGUUGGAUCCAGAUUGCAGGAGCCAAAUCAAGUUGGUAAAAAAUUACAAGUACAGGAUUUGCAAAAAUUACGGGCAAAAUUACCCUGAACUUAGAGCUGAACUGCACAAAUUUUGGAAGAUAAUUAGAAAUAUCUAUGCACAGGUUAGUCAGGAAUUCAGAACUGACUUUAAAGAAAGCCUGAACGAGGUUUUAAGAACGCUACAACUGUCUGAACAAAGUAUGGUUCAAAGUCAAGGUUUGUCAUUAGACAAAGAAAUUUUUAAUAAAUUUUCAAGUGACACGGAAGUUCGUAAGCUAAUUAUGGCUCAGAGAGAACUAUCAGAUCACCACAAGAAGUUACAAGUGGCAAAUCCUUUCACCUGGACAGAUGACCAGUGCUACCAAAGUUCUAAAGGUGAAGUCGUUGCUAAACUGGUUACAAACGAAAUUUACACACCAUUGGGUAUUGGCGGCACUGAAACAAAAGUUAGCAUGAAUCAGGUGCUGAAAGCUACCAAGAGGAUAGCGGAAGAAGAGGUAAUAACUCCAGUUUUGAUAAUAAAUGGCGUUGAAGGUUCAGGAAAGACGACUAUCUGCUACAAUCUUGUGCAAAAUUGGCUUGGAAGAUCAGGCAUAAUUGAUGAUCUCGAUAAUUUUGAUUUAGUGUUUCUUAUUGAACACAGCAAAGUUAAGUCUAGGCUUUUUAAAAAUGUAAUGAAGGAACAGAUGUUGCCUAAAACUUGCAGAGAUUUCAAAAUAGAGAAAAUUCUUCAGUUUAUGAUGGGACUGGAAGUAGUUUUUAUUAUAGACGGAUAUGAUGAAACAACUAGAGAUACCUUUCCCAUUGUUGAGGAAAUAUUUGAGCAUUUUAGCAACAAACGCAUUAUAUUGACGACGCGACCAGACUCACUUGGAGCCACCACAGCUCUCAUGUUCAAAAAUCAUGUUAACUUCCAUACCAUUGAAGUAUCAGAACUUGAUGAUCUCUCACAAAUUAGAUUGGCUAAAGCUAUUUACAAGCAUAUGUGUAGCGAUCGUAAAAUUGAGAGAACACUGUUGAAUAAAUUUGUUGAUUAUCACCAUAGAGGUGCUGGGAGGAACAUUCUAGGUCAUCUGAGACUUCCACUCACUGCUGCUCUUUAUAUGGUCCAUUGGAGAACUGGUAAGAUUAAAGUGCAAACAGGAACUGAACUACAUGAUGCUUUAUUCAACAAAAGCACAGAAAAGUUGGAAAAUCGCAAAGGCACGACCAGUGUAAAUGACAAAGACAUAUUGUAUCACGUAUUGCCUAAGUUAUUAGGAAAGUCAGCAUGGAUGCUUCUCAAGAAUAAAAUGUAUACUCUGCAAGAAAGCAUGGUAGAUGAAAUACGAGAAUCCGUAAAGGGUCUUAAUGUUGAUCUUAUUGACGUGCUACUACCAUAUCUAACAUGUAACUCCAACCACUAUUCACAACCUACUACGAGAGAGCUUUCUUUUAUGAACAGACCUCAACAGGCAUAUUAUGCCUCCAGAUUCUUAACGGAAUGCAUAACAGAAAAGAAAACUACUGUCCGAGAUAUUGAACAGCAAGUGAGUAACUGGAAAGACUUUAGUUUUGUUCUUUUAUUUCUUAUUGGACAUUUGACCUCUCAUGAAAAAAUGGACAAAAUGAUUGUGAAACAAGUACUAAAUAUUAUCUAUAAUGCAGGUUUUACUGCUGAAAGUUACAGCUAUUGGUGGGACCUCUAUGUUGAGAGUAAGGGUGAUGAAACUGUUACAGAUUUCAUUGUCGAAAGAUUUUUACCUAAAUCUCAUUGGGUAGUAAAUGACAAGACUGUUGUUCCUGCUCUUAAACUCCUUGGGUCUUGUCCAGUUAACCUUAAAAGUUUGAAGAUUGACAUUCCUAAUACCAUCGAUCCUUUUGAUAUCCCAGAAUUCCUAAGUAUUAUGGAGAGUUUUCCAACCAAAUUAGAAGGGAGAUAUGGGAAGCACAAACAAAUUGAAGUAGAGUUGCACUUUUGGCAUCAUGAUGAAACAGGAAGUACUGAGCCGUCUGACAAGUUUCUCCGUACGCUACACCCGUGGGGCAUGUUGGUAAACUUCACGGGUGAGCUUGGGGAACAGGAAGAAGGAAAAGAGUUGAUCUGUAAGGCAAAUAAUUCCAGAACUAUACGUGCUCGACUGAAAACGCCUGGGGCGCUCAGAACCCUGAAGGUCAUCGCCAAGCAACUGUCUCCACUCUGCCGGGUAGUUCGCAUCACCAUUGCCAUUCCUGAAGGAUACAACCCAGCAACUUUCUCAGAACUUGACUGCCCAAAUCUAGAACUUAAUUUUAAAGAAAUCUCCAAUGAAAAUACGGAAUGGAUAAUUAAGGCCAUUAAAAGUAUUGGUGGAAGAAAAGGCAUCUGGAGGGCAUGUUUCAACACCUGCACCUUGGACAUUGAGGCCCAAGCAAACCUCUUAAAGAGUCUCUCUGGCAUCAUAAUUGACAAGUUAUCAAUCCGCACCAUCAUGGAUGUUGAUAAAGAUCAAAAGAAAAAGUUACAAGCCACUGCUUCGUUUACUGUCAACUGGAUGUAAUGCAGAGUACUUCCUGGAGGAUGAUUAAGUAAUGAUGGCAUCAUUACUUAAGCCAUCUUUGUGGAUAUUGAUGAAGACCAAGAGAAAAAGUUGUAAGCCAAUGCUACUUUUACUGUCAACUGGAGUACUGUACUUACUGGAGGCCCAGAACCCCAGUUCUGACAAAGAAUCUCGGGCAUCAUUACUUAACAAGUUGUAAAGUUGUUCCUUCGUGGAUAUUGAUGAAUACCAAUAGCAGGUUGAAACGCCUUGCUAUUUUUAUAGUCAAUUGGAUAUAUAGUAAUUUAUCUUUCAGUUUAAGGGUAAAAAAAUUUCGUCUGCAAACUUACAAAAAAGUUUAAUAUUAGAUAUCGUUACAUUCAUCACCAAAUAUAUUGGGACUUAUUUGCAUGGUUAUCAAAGAUAUCUUUGCAGAUGCUGUGUAAACAAAUCAUUAUAUUUAUAUUAAAGGGCUGUGAUUCUUGUGAAGCAAACCAUUAGAACUAUGCUUUAAUUUUCAUAUUUCCUAUUCGAAAAAUGUUACAUUUAUUUUGUCUUGGUAUUUUAAUAGUAUUUUUGGUGUAAUCUUACAAAUACUAAUUGUAGGUGAGUUAAUAUCGAAUAUUGCACACUGAUGAAUUAUUGUAUAUUGAUGGGAAAAUAUUGAACAGGGAGUUUUUGGUUCAUGCCAAAUAAGACCUGUUUACUCCCAAUUAUUUUCAGGGUAUAUGACCAAUAUUAUUAUAUUCAAACUUAGCUGGAUAGAGUAUUUUGUUAUGCUAUCUUGUAAAUUAUGCCUGACAUUUCUAAUAUUUUGACAAUGCAAAGUUUUUGUUUCCUCUAUAAACCUGUAUUUGUUAACUGGAAUAAAUUUUAUAUGAGCUUU